UCUGUUUAUUUUUCUCUUUUUUUCAUUUUCUUUUUUUAGAAUUUCACUUUUUUCUAAUCUUUGUUUCUAUUUGUAAAUCUUAUUUCUUAAUUGUAGUUAUUUAAGUUUGAUUUUUUUUCUUUCGCCAAUUGUUUUGCUAUUUUUUCGUUGGUUAAAUUAUGGUUAAUUGUUCCCAAUUACUACGGCCUUUUCUUACCAACAAGAUAUUGGUUGAUUCUUGUCGAGUGAAUCAAGUGAUUAGAUUUACAUCAAGACGAUCUUAUUGUCAUAAUAAUAAUAAUAGUGAACAACAUGGUUAUCAACAAUAUGGAUUAAAACGUAAUCAAAUUAAGAGGAUUUUAAUUGCUUCUUCAUUAAGUGUUACCACAAUUGGUUUGAUUGUCCAUCGGAAUAAAUUGAAAGCAAAGGUUAAUGAAAUUCCUGGUAAAGAGUUUGAAGCUGGUAAUCGACUUGAUGGAUUAAAAGAGUUUACCAAAGAUGAAGUUAAUCUUCAUAAUAAUCUAGAUAAAGGCAUUUGGAUUAUCUAUCGUAAUGGUGUUUAUGAUAUUACCCGAUUCGUUGAACAACAUCCUGGUGGAGAUAAAAUACUUUUAGGUGCUGGUCAAGAUAUUGAACCUUUUUGGAAUCUGUAUGCUGUUCAUAAACAUCCCGAUGUAUUUAAAUUGUUAGAGUCUCAUCGUAUUGGUAAUUUAUGUCCAGAAGAUGUAAACAAAGACACUGUUGACCAGUCCAAUGAUCCAUAUCAAGAUGACCCUAAAAGGCCUGGUUAUUUUUCCGUUCGUUCGGCUAAGCCUUUCAAUGCUGAGCCUCCGUUGAAUAUUUUAUCAGACUCAUGGAUAACACCAAAUGAUAUUUUCUACAUUCGUAAUCAUCUUCCAGUUCCUGAUAUUGUACCGGAUGAGUAUGAAUUGGAGAUUGAAGGAUUUGGAUUGAAGAAAGAGUUUAAAUUAACUCUUGAUGAAUUGAAAAACAAAUUCCCUAAAUAUACCGUUUAUGCUACUAUUCAAUGUGCUGGUAAUCGGCGGUCAGAAAUGACCAAAGUAAAAGAGGUCAGAGGUUUAUUUUGGGGAGGAGCAGCGAUUAGUAAUGCUAAAUGGUCAGGGGCGAGAUUGGUUGAUGUUUUAGAUUAUCUUGGUGCCGAUCUUAAAGAUGCUCGAAUUAAACAUGUCCAAUUUGACGGCGCUGAUACCGAUGCUACUGGAACCUCUUAUGGUGCUUCAGUUCCAGCGGAAACUGCUUUGAAUGAUAAGAAUGAUUUCAUUUUGGCCUAUGAAAUGAACGACGUUGAAAUACCUCGAGAUCAUGGUUAUCCUGUUCGUCUUAUUGCUCCAGGAAUUGCUGGUGCUCGGAAUGUUAAAUGGUUAAAUAAGAUCACUCUUUCCGAUGAGGAAAGUCAUAGUCACUGGCAGCGAAAAGAUUAUAAAGGAUUCUCACCAAAUGUCGAUUGGGAUACAGUUAAUUUUGACGAAUCACCUUCCAUUCAAGAGAUGCCAAUUCAAUCAGCGAUUUGUGAUCCAAUCGAUGGGUCAACAGUUACUCCCGACCUGGAAGGUUAUAUUACCGUUAAAGGUUAUGCUUGGAGUGGAGGUGGACGGAAGGUUGUUCGAGUUGAUGUUUCUCCUGAUGGUGGGAAUUGGAUAACUGCUGAUCUUGAGCAAGAAAAUUCUCCACUAAAUCGAACAUACUCUUGGACUAUUUGGAAGGCUCGUCUACCUGUUGGCUCUCUGGCUAAAGAUGAAUCUUUCCAAGUUGUGGCUAAAGCAAUCGACUCAUCCUACAACAAUCAGCCCGAAAAUGUUGAACCAAUUUGGAAUCUACGAGGUGUACUAACCAAUUGUUGGAGUCGAGUUAAUUUGAAAGUCUCCUGAUCAAAUCAAUGGAAACUGAGAAACAUUUUCACUCUCAAUAUUACAAAAUUUCCACUCCAAUCAAGACUGAUUAUUGCAAUUCUACAAUUUUUAAAUUUUCUAUUUAUACUCAAACAAUUAAUUGGAUUAAUUUAUUUACUCACUUUCAAAGUUACCGGUUGUAAAUUUAGUUCCAUCUAUUGAAGGUUAGGUGGCGUUGGCUUCGUGUAAACAAUAACAAAAAAAAUUCAAAAUUUUGAUUAACUGUUUUUGUUUUUUAAAUUGAAUUAAAAGUCUAAUUUUUAUUGAA